CGAGCAGUGUGGGUGCAAUAAUUGAAUAACAUGGGUUUCUACAUUUAUUUUGCGGCGCACGCGACGUGUUCGGUCUGGUCAGCAUGUAACCCAGCGUUUCCUCGGGACCCCAACUGGUGCUCGUUUUGGGUUUCGCCCUAACACUACACAGCAUAUUCAAAUGACCAAAGUUUGAAGAUUUUUCCCCAGCAAAGUAUAAGGGAGUUAUACUCCAGUCUAGUAGGUGGCGGUAAUGCAACAUUUAUUGGAUGCCAUCGCCGUUUAACCUCAUCGAAGAAGACAGGCAGCAGAAAGGAGGGGAGAAACGUUCUGAGACCGCAGGUCGGUGGCAGCACGAUAGUAUGCAAAAGAUGCUGACUAUAAUCUCCAACGUACUGAGGGGUAGGGCAAGCAGACAUUCCUCCAUGCGCAGGGCUGUUUUGCAGCUGCUGGCAGUCCAGGGGCAGUAUGCUGACACAACCUCUCCACCUGAUCCAGCACUACGACCCUACAAGCCAGACACAGAUUUAUACUCCAUCUCACACAGUCCUCUAGCAGACAAUUUCAAAAGACCAAAGACUGAUCAAACAUUUACUGAAAUAGACCCCAGUGCUGUACUGACCACAGAACAUACAAUUGCCAGCAGACUAAUACCUGAAGAAGAACCCCUAGAAGUCACUCUAGUCGAUCCGUUCCCCGUCUUCAACAGUAAACCUGAAGAGGAGUUAUUUGACACUGACAAACCAUUUGCAGAUCUAUCACUUCACCAUGUGAUCAAUACGGACCCGUCAGUCUCAGAGUUAUCCGUAUCAGAGCAACCAAAUCUAAACUCACCAGAACUCUUAGCAACUGGCCUGACUGUUUCAGAAGCAGAACCCUUCAAGGCAGAUACCGCCUUGACUGUUUCAGAAUUAACUUUAUCCGAACCCUUCGUGAGUACAAACCCAUUUAUUCCAGAAUCAAACUCAUCUGAACUGUCAGCUGUGAUGGCCUCUCAAGUAUCAGAAUCGACUUUACCAGAGCCUCCAAUAACCUCUGAUGCACCUAUCAUAGCCCACUCUUCAACACAAGCAGAAAUGGACUUUGACCAACUAACGCUAGAACUAUCAUCACCAGAACAACCUCUAAACACAGACCAACCGACUCAGGAAUUAAACCCACCCGAACCUGACAUCAGUACAAACAGCAACACUUCCAUAUCUGAGCCUCAGUUGGCAGAGAGGAGACAGAAUACAGACAUAAUGUUGCUUUCACGCCCUGAGAUCGCCCUCAGCUUGACUGAAGACGCUCCUUUACCAGAGCCACAGCUUGCUGCUGCCAGCAUGGUGGCGUCGUCACGUUCAUAUGCUGAUUUCACUCCUGAGGCCACCUUUGACAUAAAGAAAGUUGACCUUCAUCGUCUGGAGGAAGGCCCACCCCUGACGGCCACUCUGACCCGGGAGGAGGGGCUGAAGUACUACCGCACCAUGCAGACAAUACGACGCAUGGAGCUGAAGGCAGAUCAGCUGUACAAGCAGAAGAUCAUCAGAGGCUUUUGCCACCUGUAUGAUGGCCAGGAAGCCUGUGCGGUUGGCAUUGAGGGGGGUAUCACCCUGUCAGAUCACCUGAUUACUGCAUAUCGCGCCCAUGGCUACACCCUCACCAGGGGCGGGACCGUCAGGGAGAUCAUGGCUGAGCUCACUGGUCGUAGAGGAGGCAUUGCUAAGGGAAAAGGAGGCUCUAUGCACAUGUACACUAAAAACUUCUAUGGAGGCAAUGGCAUUGUGGGGGCUCAGGUACCGCUGGGAGCCGGUGUAGCCCUGGCCUGUAAGUACCUGGGCAAUGACCAGCUGUGUGUCAGUCUCUAUGGUGAUGGAGCAGCCAACCAGGGUCAGAUAUUUGAGACCUAUAACAUGUCGUCUCUUUGGAAGUUGCCCAUCAUCUUCAUCUGUGAGAACAACCAAUAUGGCAUGGGCACAUCAGUAGAGCGCUCUUCUGCCAGCACCGAAUACUACAAGAGAGGAGACUACAUUCCUGGCAUCAGGGUGGAUGGGAUGGAUGUCCUGUGUGUUAGAGAGGCCACCAAGUUUGCAGCUGAUCACUGCCGAUCUGGAAAGGGCCCUAUCCUCAUGGAGCUCCAGACCUACCGUUACCAUGGACACAGCAUGAGCGAUCCUGGCGUCAGCUACCGCACACGUGAGGAGAUCCAGGAGGUCCGUAGUAAGAGCGACCCCAUCUCCAUGCUGAAGGACCGUAUGCUCAGCAACAACAUGGCGAGCAUAGAGGAGCUCAAGGAGAUUGAUAUUGCGGUGAGGAAGGAGAUUGAAGAUGCUGCACAGUUUGCCACCACAGACCCCGAGCCCCCUCUGGAUGACCUGUGUAGCCACAUCUUCGCCAAUGAUCAGCCCUUUGAAGUGCGUGGCGCCACCCCAUGGACCAAGCUGACGUCGACCAGCUAAAGGCUCUUGUGCCCAACAGCUAAAGGCUCUUGUGCCCCACCCCUUUGUCUCCUAUGCCCUUCCCCUAUGCUCCAUCAAUGCACUUAUCUUUUCACACAUCACAUUCCUCAUCUCAGCCAAUGGCCUUCAUGGACUCUAAUCUUCUUUGCCUACCCCCUCCCACCACCACACACACACAUCCUCAUCCCGUGCCAAGAACAACUUAUGCCACCCAUUUAUUUUCCAUUGACCCUCUGCCAGAGCCCUAAUCCAAACACUCCACACCCAAAAAGAGUGCCUGACUGGUGUCAUACCUCAUUGACUAACUCGGAGUCAUUACUACUUGCAGUGCACAUGCCACACGAUUGGCUCUUGUCUUUUCUGUUGAAAGGCCACUUCAAACACAGCAGAGAAGUAAGAAGAGCCUUUCAUUAUCCUACUCCAAAUGUUGUUCUGAGACUGGUCACAUGGACCAAUUGUCCUUAAAAUUACUGGCAUAAGUAUUCCUAUUUGAUUAGUGUUCCCUGUCCAAAUAUAUAAGAUUAAAUAAAGAGCUUUAUGUUGGGAUGUUAACUUUUUUUGAUUUAUCUUGCCAAAUCAAACCUGUGCCUGUGGGAUCUUGUUUGGAAGAUGUCUCUAGGCUGUGUCACACUCGUAGCCGAGCACAAACACCACAGAGGCUGAGUCUGUACAUUGUGCUGUGAUGCUUCAGAGAGAGGAUUUAAUACUGCUGACUUCAUGCCUACACUGUCAGUCAUACACCAUUUUUGUAGACACUCUCCUUCUAAAUCAUAAUGCUCUCUAGUUCCCUAAAAUAUUUGCUUUCUUCUAAUCAGCCUCAUAUUUAUUGCCGACUGUGUUUUGUACCUAACGUACCAGUACUCACACUAUAACUGCUUCAAGCAAGAAUAGGGAAUGCCUCUUUUGGGAGACUUGGUGGUCAACUGUUACAGUGAAUAAUGGUCAGACUACAAAACAGUGGGGCACUACACAUGGAUCUGUCCUGCCCCCCCCCCCCCCCCCAGGAUGUGUAUGUGCGCUAUCAUUGUCUUUGUAUAGUCUAUCAACACAAAUAAACUUAAACUAAUUUA